UAAACCCUAAGCUGAAGAAAAACUUUGAAGAAGGAAUAGCUUUCAUUCGACGGUUCCUCUCAGUCUCAGCUUCCCUUGCCUACUUAGCCUCAGCCCACAGCCACGCCUUCUUUGCCGUUGUCGUUGGCUCCACCCACAGCUGAGCCGACAGCUACUGAAAUUAACCCACACCAACCGUCACCGUAAGUUAUCUGAAAAAAUACCUAAUAAUGGGAAAAAAGAAAUUCAUCGAUAAAAAGAAAUCAGCGACAUUCCAACUACUUGCUCGAGACUCUUCUGAUCCCAAUUACAGUGACUCACCUGGUAGCGACCGAGUCUUUGUCCGAGUCGACAAUAAUCCUGUCUCCUUCGACACCGUCUUUGAUGAAGAUAAUAAUUGCUAUAAUGACUGUCAAUAUGAUAAUGAGGACUCUAUAUUUGCCGAUGCACCCAAUGACAAUGGUGACAGUGGUGACGAUUAUGAUAGAGUGUUGGGAAGCUCCUCUCGUAUGGUCGUGAACGAUAAGGGUGCAUUGCCGGAGAAUGUCAGGAAGGAAAUUUUGGAGCUAGGGUUUCCAGAUGAUGGUUACAAUUAUUUGAUUCAUUUGAGAGAGAUUAGAAACACCGGUGGAGGCUCUGCUUUCUAUCAUAACCCUAAGUUCAAGCCUGACCAGCUUCCUCAUGAUGUUAAGGCCUAUGAUGCUUCAAGAGUACAGAUAUCAAAUUCAAAAGGGAAUUAUAAUGAGAGAUCGAUUUACAGUGUUGCUUCAAAUACACUUAAUGCUAGGGUGAACAAAGUGUUUGAUCCUGAAGUGGCUGCUCUGCUUGAUGAUAGUGAUUUGUCGCGUUUUGGAUCUGAUAUUGAGGAUUUGGAGGAGGAUUUCAUUGUUAGGGCAAACACUGGUGAAGAAGGGGAGGGUGAUGAGAGUGGUAAGAAGUUGAAUUUUGUUGAAGAUUUUGAGUUUAUUGAUGCCAGUGUUAAGAAUGCUGAUACGAAAUCCGGCAAUCAAGAGAUUGCAAAUGAAGUAAGGAAUUACCAAGGGGAAGAAAAGCCACGCUCCCGGCGCCUUUUGGAUGAGCAAUUCGACAUUCUUGAACUUAAAGAAUAUGGCUCCGAUGACGACGAUGAUGAUUGUGAGGGUUACAUGGCUGAAGAAGAAGAGUUUCUGGCAGACAAGCUGAAAAAUGUUCUAAAUGAAAAUGAUAUGGAUGAUUUGGAGCAUGAUGAUGUAUAUAAAGCUCCUGCUGAUUUAUUGCAUGGUAGUAAGAGUCCUAAAAGCAAGGAGCUAACUGCUGAUAUCAUGCGUCGUUGUGCUGAAUACGCCGAAAAUUAUGAAAAUGAAAGUGAAGAUGAAAAAGUGAUGGUUGUGCAAGAAAGCAGCGAUGAAUCAGAACAAUUUGAUUGUGAGAGCAUCAUCUCCACGUAUUCGACCCUUGAUAACCACCCAGGAAAAAUUGAAGCUCCGGGGGUAACUAGGAAAAAGAAGUUAGCUGAAACUGUUUCUGGGGCUUUGAGUGCCAAAAGUCAGGUGAUAUCCCUCAGGGGAAAAGAAAAGCUCCCGCUAGACUUUUUACCUAAUAGCAGGAAGGCUACAGCAGAAAAAGUAAAGAUUGCAGGUAGCAUAAUACCCGAACAGCAUAAGAGAAAGCAACAUGGUCAGGAGACUAAGGAGGAAAAGAAAGAACGGAAGCUUGCUGUAAAAAAGGAACGAAGUGAAGCACGGAAAAUGAAAAAGGCAAUGAAAGAGCUAUACCGGAGUGAAACCCAGCAAGCUCAGAAAGUAGCUGCUAUAUCUGGCCCAUCUGCCAUUCGAUUAAUGUAGGUGAAUGUUGAGAUGGCUGUUGUUUGAGGCAGUUUCUUCCAUUGGGGUGCUCUUAUUUGCUGCUCAGGUCUUGGAGCAUCCAUGGUUGGUAACCAUUAAAUUGUUAGUUUUCUUUAUAUUUGAUGCUUUUUGAGUUGAAAAAUGAUGGAAAGCAUGGAAGAGCUCUGCUUUUACGUGCAUCUUUUUGGGUAGUGUGUCUGCGUCCGAAUGUUACUUCAAUAUGUUUGUCCCUAAACACACUUGGAUAUCUGCCUUUUAUUGAUUUAUAAAUUAUAUUACGAACUUGUAUAUAUUUUUA